AAGCGUGUUUUGACAGUUUUUUUAAUGUAUUUAAUGACUUUGUAGAAACUCUUGAAACUAAUAUAAUUCCUGACCAUCUUCUACCACCUAAUACUACUUUAUUCGUAUGUGAAGGUAUUCAACGUGGUAGAUUUUCUUCGGGUACAGAAUACCUUGUUCCAUUAGGUACUGAUAUUGAAAAAUGGAUACAUGAUUUUAGUUAUAAUACACAUGCAAGUUAUGUACGAGAAAGGACAGAAUACAAUGCUGGAAAUAUUGAAUUUCGAUAUACUUAUAA